CAAAAUAAAAAAAAUACUUACUCUGAUUUUACGAUGACAGAAUUUCUGAUACAUUUUUUACAAUAGACAGAGGAUACUGUGAUUAUUACUGUAACAUAAAAUUGACAUGAAAUCGUUUUGUGAGAGAUGAGUGUCUUCGGAGAUUUUCAGCGUGUGUGGGUGCAACGGUUUCCUGAGAGUGCCCUCCCAGCAGCUUGGGAGGAAGAUGUCAGAGCCAAUUUGGCUAAACAUAAACAGAAAGUUGCGAUUCUUAGGGAGGAGUUGGAGAAGGAAGAAUUCUACGUUGAAUAUUUAGAGACUCUUUUGUCAGACGUUGAAAAACAUAAAGCAUCUCAGGAAAGCAGAACGGCGCCGCCCUCAGGGGCUGACACGAAUGAUGAUAAGACAUCUGAUAGCAAACAGGAUUCCAACACUGACUCAUUAUCAAAGAAGAGUGAAUCAAGCUUGAAGAGCGAUGACUCAAUAGAGGGAGCCGAGAACGAUGAGGUCCAUCUUAGGAAGAAACCGAUAAACUUUGCGGAGAGGAGUUCUGUUAACCAAUGCAUAAAUGAACUAUCAUCAAAUCUGGCAGCAGAAGCUCGUAGACGUUGUAAUAGUGAAAUCGUACAACGAACUGACAAUGAAAAUAGUGUAGAUGUAGAACCAAAUAAGACACAAAGCAAAAACCGUCCAGCAUCACAAGCCGGUGAUUUUGUUACUGUGAUUGAAGUGAAUGGUCUCAAAGCAGCUGAGAAGGCAGCCAAGAAGUCGGAUGAUUCUACUCCGUCAUCUGAAAGUAAUUCGUUAGAAUCAGCACCUCCUGUUAAGAAGAAAGUACCUCCAAAACCACCACCGAAAGUGUUCAACAAGCGUGGCGCUUCGCUGCCGGAGUCGGGUCUAGCCGAGGACAGCCCUCCAUCCUCCUUACGACGGCUGAGGAACGCUGACUCCAGGGAAUCCAUCACCAGCCGAGCCUCUACACCAUCCAUAAGCGAAAGGGUUAAAAGCUAUGAAUCAAUCAAUUCAUUGUCAUCGGAGCGCAAGCGUUCGGGGGGUGCAGCUACGCCUCGGUCGAUAGACGAGGAAGUAACUUCAACGACUCCCGAUCUACCCGAGGGUUCUGAUGAUAAGUCAGCACCAAUAUCCCUGGAGAGUAUACCGGCUGUGCCCUCGACCGAGGACGAACCUUACUACGACCAGGUCCCUGUCGAUAUCAACGAUGGAGAAUACGUUUACAUACAAGCCGGAGGCGCCGGUACUAGCUCCAGCGCGGAGGAAGUCAGCGCGGUGCCGACCGCCUCCGCCCCGCCAGCGCCCGACUCUCCGCCCUCCGCCGUCGCACCGAACUACGUCAACAUACACUACUUCAUACAACAUGCCGGUGAAGGUACGGAACCAAGUGAGACCGGUGAACUGGCUGACUCCAGCGAUACACCGCUUCUGUUGAGGACCAUAUCGUCUGACACAGAAGCCAGCGCCACACCACCCGUACUAAGAAAACUACAGCAACAGGAAUCUAUAAUCAGCAACAACGCUGAGGCUGAAAGGCUGACCAUGCACAGAUGUAUCGUCACCAGUAUUAUAGAGAGCGAGACUGUCUACGUAGAAUGUCUCUAUGUGAUGGAAAAGUACAUGAACGCUAUAAAAGCGACUCUGUCGACAUCGCAGCCCGUUAUAACGGAAGAGGAAUUCGGUACAAUAUUCUAUAAAAUAUCAGAAUUGCACGAAUUGCAUAAGAACUUUUUGGAGGGUCUCAAAAAUGCAGUCGCCAGCUGGGAGGAACCGCUCUCCGUCGGUAUACAUUUCAAAAAGAUGGCGGAGAACAUCAACGUAUACGGCGCUUUCCUCCACAACUACGGUCGCGCUACGGACGCUGUGCGACGCAGGUGUGGCAGCUCCCAGCGGUUCGCGGACCUCACGAGGGAGAUAGCCUGCAGGGGACAACCUGUGUCGCUGGACGACCUGCUGCAUAAACCUGUCGCCAGGGUCCAGAAAAACGCGCUCGUGCUACAUGAUCUUAUUAAGUACACUCCAGCGAGUCACCCCGACCAUGCUAUGUUAACAGAUGCUCUAAACAUGACGCAACAUUUCCUUGACGAAUUUAAUAUAAUCCAAACGAAAUCAAUGUUCCCCAAUGCAGACAGAGCUCAACGGCGUCUGGUUAAGAAUUCAUUCAUAGUCGAACUGUCAGAUGGUCAUAGGAAACUGAGGCAUCUAUUCCUCUUCAAUGACGUCAUAGCUUGCGCAAAGUAUAAGGCUUCCGGUAGGGACAAGUUCACAUUCGAGCUGAAGUGGUUCAUACCGCUGCCAGAUAUAGUAGUCGUGGAGGAUGAGGGCGCAAACGCGGCGGCCGAGCGAGAAACGUCCCCCGCUAACAUCGUAGCGCUGAAGUCGCAGGCCUGCACUGUCCGCGAUCAGAUAUUGGCCGAGGAACGCGCCGCGCACGACGACAAGAAAAUCCGGCUCGGCGGACGCGGCACAGCAGAGAAGCAACGCAAGAAGUUAGCGGAAUUGGAGGGUCAGCUUGUUCUGGCGUCACCCAACCUCGUGUUCCGAGUCGGGGCCAAAGCGCCCGGGGGCACCGCCUUACAAAGACACCACGUCUUUUUCCUCAGCUCAGAAUACGAGAGGACUCAGUGGAUUGAUUCCAUACAUGCGUUGCAGGCCUCAUCCGCGCCGCCGGCCGGCACCAGCACAGUGUCUAUGCUGGAGCUGCAGGGCUGGGUGACGGCUUGCCGCAGUUAUUUACAGACGGACAUGGGCUCGUACCUGCUAAGGAGUGGUCGCGACGACUCGCUGCUGCUGGGAGACCUCCAGCUGCAUAUAGGAGGGAUGACCGCGCCUCUGGAUACAGCAGCUGACUACUACAUAGUGGUGGAAGUAGAUUCGUACGGCCAUUAUUUCCGUAAGGCGAAGUCCAAGCUGAUCUGCCGCAGCGCUCAGCCUCGUUGGAACGAGAGCUUCACUCUGGACCUGGAGGGGUCACAGAACCUCAGGCUUCUGUUGUAUGAGGAUGCUGCCAGGCCUGUACUGAGAGGGAAAUGCACUCUUAAGUUAUCCCGGGAGUGGGUGGGCGAGAGUGUGUCGCGCUCUGUGUGUGUCGGAGGCGGGUCUCUACCUCUUCGUCUCCGCGUGUUGCCGCCCGAGCGCUCCGCCCGCCACGUGCCCAGCGCCAAACCGGGGGCGCUGUUCGGAGCUAAGAUCACUCAUGUCGCCAAACGUGAGAAGCGCAACAUCCCAUUCAUAAUAAGCGCGUGUGUCCGGGAAGUGGAACGUCGGGGUAUCAGCGAGGUGGGCAUCUACCGCGUGUCAGGAAGCGCCUCCGACCUCAACCGGCUGAGGAAGAGCUUCGAGACCAACGCCUAUGAAGCGGAACAGCUGCUCAAGGAGGUGGACGUCCACUCGGUGACGGGAGUCCUGAAGCUAUAUCUCCGGGAGCUGCCUGAAGCGCUGUUCACAGACGCUCUAUAUCCAGAGCUACUAAAAGCUUGGGGCUCCACGCCGGGUGUGGGCAACUCUACGGAUUCAGCGCCGGCGCACACCAGACGACACGCUCUUCUGAAAUGCUACGCACAACUCCCGGAUCUGAAUAAGAACUGCAUCGACUUCCUUUUAAACCAUUUCGUCAAAGUAAACAACCACGAGUCCGAGAACAAGAUGUCUCUACACAACCUGGCGACCGUAUUCGGUCCAACAUUGUUACGUCCGAGCGCUGCGGGCGGCAAGCUUCGCGCGGACCAGUUGGCCGCUGGAACCGUGGACGCCAUGGCGCAGGCCGGCAUCCUGUACACGCUGCUGCAGCAGCGGCACCUAGCGCAGCACCUCACCGCACACCGCCACGCGCCCCACGCGACUAACCCGCUAGACUGAAUCGAACACUUGCUUCCUCCUCCUACCCACCCACCCCCCACCCCCACUCCUUAACCCAGUCCGCUAACACUCAAAUCUUAAUGUCCCUGUAUUUAUCCGCGAAUAACCAGUUCUAGUAUGAGUCGUUAGCUUAGACUCUGAUUGUAUGUAGUCCAUCCUAAUGAAAAAUAUCUGGAGGUACUACUUCAUACGUCUUAAGCAAAGACAACCUUGAAUGCGAUUACGUUAUCGACGCAAACUCCUACAGAAGUAUCUUCAGACCUCACGCCGCUAGUACGAUACUAUUAUUGUAUGAAUCGCUCGCUUUUCCUAAUCACCUCGUGACCGUCCAAUGCUAUGUCAGCACGUGUAAGCUUGAUUCCCAUAGUGUAUCUCCGCUCUUCAAAACUAGUCCUCCCAAUCUUAUGUUUUUGGUAAGAACAAUCAUUUUGUUGUCAAAAACACUAAUCCCCACCUAACGCACACUACUUCCCAUACCGGGUCAAGUUUAUUUUUUUUCCGUACAUUUAAUACAAUUAUUUAAUUCAUUCCAAAACAGUUGUAGGUGAUCAUAACUACGUGUUUGUAUGUAAUAAUCUGUUUACUGCCAAGAAAAUGUAGAGUUUUGAUAAAGGCAUAAAAGACGUAAGAUUCUGUGUGGCCUUCCCGACAUGUUUGAGCGCGUGUUAUAUAACAUUUUCCUCAAGUUUUUUUUUCAAACUGGCUACAGUUGAAAUACCUUGACGUUGCUUUUUACUUAUUAAAGUAAGUGUGGUCAUAAAUAGUAGAUUUUUUACUUUUUUUAUACAGAAGGCGAAAGAUUUACAUUGUGAGGAUACAUAAAUUCAUUUUUUUUUUAUAGUAAAAGUCAAGUUUAAAGACAUUCCACAAAACAAACAGACUGAGAGUAGAAGUAACUGUACUAAUAAGGUUUAAUAUAAUUUUGCGCAUUAAAGAACUGUUUAGAUUGUAGACUCUCGAGUCAUUUCAUUUAAGACUGUUUGACUCAUUCACCUUCUGAUGUAAGUAAUGAAAUAAAUUAUGUUUACGAUAUUUAAUAAUCAAUUUAAAA